GCUUCUUCCCACCCAAAGAUUCUUGACGAUUAUCCGCGACGUCACGAACCACCUUAGCCCAACAUGCCUCGCGAAGUUUCCGACAUCAAGCAGUUCAUCGAGCUUGCUCGCCGCAAGGAUGCGUCCUCUGCCCGCAUCAAGCGCAACCGCAAGACCCAGCAGAUCAAGUUCAAGGUCCGCUGCAGCCGCUUCGUCUACACCCUUGUUCUGAAGGACUCCGACAAGGCCGACAAGCUCAAGCAGAGCCUGCCUCCUGCUCUUAAGGUUGUCGACGUCACCAAGGGCGACAAGAAGAAGGCUCUGUAAGCGCCUUCAUCUCAUUCACGGAUAAACGGAAGAGGGAGUCUUGAGCAUGGUUUACUCGUCAACUGCUUGAGGAUCGCGGCAUGGGACAAUGCAUUUGUGGGCCGACACCGGAAUUGCGACUAUCUGCCCUGUUAUCAGGACUAGAUUAAGCGUUCUGGCACCCUGGUUUGGUCAGGGGAUGCCGAGAGGCAGACAUGGCUGUACUGGGUGACCUGCAUAUUCCGACUUCUAAGGGAUGGCUUUGUCGGGGCUUCCCCUGUCUAUACAAUAAUGAAGAGGCAAAAUAAAAACAUUGGAAAAUAUCCAGGUGUAUCUUGGUCUUGGUUUUUAUUGGUUACGUUGGUCUCCGCUCUCACUGGCCGGA